AUGUCGUCUGUGGUGAACGAGGGGGAGAAGCCCCAAGAGGCCGCUCAGGAGCAACAGGAGGAGCAGCAGCAGCAGCAACAGCAGCAGCAGCAGCAAGAGCAGCAGAACGCGGGAGACGAUGUCAACGAUGAUGAGGAGGAGAUCUCGGCCAUGAAGCGCCGUGUCGCCGAGAUGGAAGAGGAGGCUGCCAAACUCCGCGAGAUGCAAGCUAGUCUGGACCAACAGCAUCACGAGCUCACCGAGAACAAGGAGGAUAUCGACAGUCGGAGCAUCUUUGUCGGAAACGUCGACUAUUCGGCUUCGCCUGAGGAGAUCCAGGCGCACUUCCAGAGCUGCGGGUCCAUCAACCGUGUCACCAUCCUCCUCGACAAGUUUACCGGUCAACCCAAGGGUUACGCGUAUGUCGAAUUCACCGAGCCUAGCCUAGUCGCACAAGCCCUUGUUCUCAACGAGAGUGUCUUCAAGGGCCGCAACAUCAAGGUCGUCCCCAAGCGCACGAAUAUUCCCGGCAUGUCGCGCGGCGGUCGAGGUGGUCGAGGUUCCUUCCGCGGAGGCGGUCGCGGGGGCUAUUUCGGUGGACGGGGCGGUUUCCCUCCUAGGGGAGGCUACCGUGGCGGCUACCGUGGACGCGGCCGAGGAGGCUACGCUCCUUACUAG